GCAACCAGUUGUACCCGACUAAAGCCAUUCAACACAAGACAUGCCGACCAGCCAGCUAAACCAGACGACCGUGCUGUCAGUAGAAAAAUAGUUUAUUGCCCACAGCCACACUGCCCCUGUUUCUUCUUCAUCCCCGCAUCUUCCUGCCUCCCUCUGCCUGUGCCAUGGUUUCCUCUUCCUGAACAGGCAGCACCACCACAUCCUGCAGCCAUGGUCACCAACUUCCUGCAGAAGUACUACCAGCUCCAGAACCACCAGUUCCUACUUCCCAAGAGGCAGUUCGUCACCUACGCCAUCUACGCGCUCAUCGCUCUCGCGCUCCUCCAUUACCUGCUCUUCUACCCUGCGCCCGCAUCUGAGAAGCCAGUGGCGGUGCCGAAGCUACAAGAGGAGGUAGCGAGCGUGAUAUCAGCUCGGGUGAUUGCGCGGGGGCAGAUGCCGCCCCUAUCUCCUCCUCCGUUCCAAGGAGAUGAAGUAUUGAGGAAUCCACCACCACAAGCCGAAGAAGUGUCGGCGCCGCCGCCGUGUGACUACUCCGACGGCGAGUGGGUGCCGGACGCGCGCCCGCCGCUGUACAACGGCACGAGCUGCGGCACGAUCAAGGACGGCCAGAACUGUAUGGCGCACGGGCGGCCUGACACCGGCUACCUCUACUGGCGGUGGCGGCCGCGGGGGUGCGACCUCCCCGCCUUCUCCCCGGAGGCGUUCCUGCGCUGGCUCCGCAACAAGCACAUCGCCUUCGUCGGCGACUCCCUGGCGCGGAACCAAGCGGAGUCGCUACUCUGCCUCCUCGCCUCGCGCUCCACGCCGGAGCUCGUUUACCGUGACGGCGAGGAGAGCAGGUUCCGGCGGUGGGUGUUCCGCGAGUUCAACGCCACCGUGUCCAUCUUCUGGUCGCCGUUCCUGGUGAAAGUCGCCGAGAAGGCGGAGCACGCGGGGGUUCGGCACAACAACGUGUUCUUGGGCGCGUUCGACGAGCGGUGGAUGUCGCAACUGGGAGCGCUCGACGCGGCCGUGCUGUCUGUGGGCCACUGGUUCCUGAUCCCCGGCAUCUACCACGACGGCGGCAGGGUCGUCGGCUGCCACGACUGCGCCGAGUUCAACCACACCGAGACCGGAUUCUUCGGCGCGUUCAGGGACGCGAUCCACCGGACGCUCGCCGAGGUAACCCGGCGGCACGGGCACGGCGCGGACGGGAAGAAGGUGGUGGUCCUGACCACGUUCUCGCCGGCGCACUUCGAGGGGAACUGGGACAAGGCCGGCGCGUGCCCCAAGAAGCGGCCGUACAGGAACGGCGAGAAGGAGCUGGGCUACACGGAGACCGAGAUGAGGAAGACCGUCGUGGAGGCGGUGCAGGCCGCGGCCAAAGCCGCCGGGGCCGGGGCCGGCUCCGACCUGAGGUUCGCGGCGCUGGACGUGACAACGCUGGCCAACCUGCGCCCCGACGGCCACCCCGGGCCGUACAUGCACAACGACCCGUUCGGUGGCGGCGGCGCGGGCGACCGGGUGCAGAACGACUGCGUGCACUGGUGCAUGCCCGGGCCGGUCGACACGUUCAACGAGAUCCUGCUCCAGACCAUGCUCCGGUGACGACGCUGAGCGAGACACUCGGACAUCUCUGCUCAUGUGUUCAGUUCAGUCCCGCGAUCUGGAUAACAAAUACACGUGCAUCGACGAUUCUUUUGUUCGUCGAUGAGGUGGGUUCACGAGAUAGGUAGCGGGAAAUGCGCGGUGCGGAUGCGGAGAUGUAUGAUUCCGUUUUGGAGGUAACAAGACAAGAACUUGCUUGAUUUUGUCAGGUGUUUUCAGGUCUGAUUUGAUUCUGUAUUUCUA